AUGGAUGCUGUGGAGCUUGCCAGACGGUUGCAAGAAGAGGCCACAUGUUCCAUCUGCCUCGACUACUUUACUGAUCCUGUGAUGACUGCCUGUGGCCACAACUUCUGCAGAGAGUGCAUCCAGAUGAGCUGGGAGAAGGGAAAAGCCAAGAAAGGGAAGAAGAAGCAGAAGGGCUCCUUCCCCUGCCCCGAGUGCAGGGAGAUGUCCCCUCAGAGGAACCUGAGGCCCAACCGCCUACUGACAAAGGUGGCUGAGAUGGCCCGCCAGCACCCUGGGCUACAGAAGCGAGACCUGUGCCAAGCACACCAAGAACCCCUUAAGCUGUUCUGCCAGGAUGACCAGAGCCCCAUCUGUGUGGUCUGCAGGGAGGCCCAGGAGCACCGGAUACACAGGGUGUUGCCUCUGGAUGAGGCUGCAAGGGAGUAUAAGCUCAUGUUGGAGGAGGACAUAAAAUAUCUACGGGAGGAGAUGAUGAAGACGGAGACGCUGCAAGCCAAGGAGGAACAGAACUUAACUGAGUGGCAGGAGAGAGUGAAAGAGCGGAGAGAGCGCAUCCUGGAGGAGUUCCAGAAGGUGGUCUUGUUUCUGGUGGAAGAAGAACGGAGGCUCCUCCAGGUCCUGAAGAAGGAGGAGGAGGACACCUUAGGGAAGCUGCAGGACAGCAAGGCCUUCCUGGAGCACCAGAGCCGUUCCCUGGACCUGAUCCUCUUGCAGCUGGAGGAGCGGAGCCAGCAGGAGCCGCUCCAGAUGCUGCAGGAUGUGAAGGACACCUUGACCAGGAAGGAGAGCCUCAGCAUGCAGUACCCAGAGGUGGUCCUCCCCGUGGCUAUCAAGACCGUAUGCAGAGUUCCAGGACAGAUAGAGGUGCUCAAAAGCUUCCAAGAGGAUGUGAUGCCGGACCCCAGCUCAGCAUAUCCAUAUCUCCUCCUGUAUGAAAGUCGCCAGAGGCGGUACUUGAGCCCGCCGCCCGAGGGCAGCGCCCCCUACAGCAAGGACCGGUUCGUGGCCUACCCCUGCGCAGUGGGGCAGAAGAGCUUUUCCUCUGGAAGGCACUACUGGGAAGUGGGCAUGAAUCUCACCGGGGACGCACUCUGGGCCUUGGGGGUGUGCAGAGACAACGUGAGCCGGAAGGACAGGGUGCUCAAGUCCCCAGAGAACGGUUUCUGGGUAGUGCAACUGUCCAAGGGGAAGAAACAUCUGUCCCUGGUGCCCGAUUCCACUCCAGUCACGCUCACGGAGCCUCCCAGCCACAUGGGUGUCUUCCUGGACUUCCAGGCCGGGGAGGUGUCCUUCUACAGUGUGAACGAUGGCUCCCAUUUGCACAGCUUUUCCCAGGCUGCCUUCCCUGGGCCGCUACUACCAUUCUUCUGUUUGGGGGCUCCGAAGUCGGGCCAAAUGGUCAUCUCCACAGUGACCAUGUGGGUGAAAGGAUAG